AUGCGAACUUCGGAAGACACAGACAGGCCUUCGACCACGGCUACCUGCGGCGUGAGUCUUGGUGAAGCUGCCAGUGGUAUGCCAGGUGAUCUGCUCUAUGGCAAACCCCGCACCUUCGCGCUCGGUUCACAGCAUUAUUGCAUUCCGGCACUGGAUAUAAAGUCCGCCUCCUUACAGAGUGCAUAA